CCGUUCCACUCGUUACACUCCCGCUCUAACCACCAGCGUACUGUUGGGUUAAAACGCAAAAAUAUAUCCAUCAUCAAGAAUGCUCCCGAUAAUUAUCGAAUCCCCACUUGGAGUGUGAAUAAUAAUUAAUAAGUGUAUAUUUAUAAAAAUAAGUUUUACGUUUUAAAUAAAUAGGGGUAGAGUGAAAGUGUAAGUGCUUUGAGUAAUAAUAAAUAAAUAAAUAUAUAUAACCAAGCGUGGAAAAUGGCCAAGAGAAGUAACAACAACUCGGCUGGAAGACGGACUUACGGCGAGAAGCCGUACGAUGCCAACAACUCAUUUGUAAAAAAAAUGGCCACUAAAGUGACGGAUUUGAUACCACAGAGAUCGUGGAUAAGCAAAUGGUUCAAUUCACCAGGUGGCAAUGGCCUUGCUGCUGACCAGGAUAAUGCAGACGAGCAGGAUGUCGAGGAAGAGUCACUUCAACCUCCGUCAAAGCGUCCAUGCAUUAGAUUAGACGUAACGCAUCCGACAGAAACCUUCAGAAUUCAGUCGCGUAACCGCAUCACCGGCAACACCACCAGUAAUAAUGCUAAUAUUAUUAAUAGAAUUGAUUAUACAGCCAAUAACAUCAACAGCAAUGAGCAGUAUGAGCAAGAUGUUGAUGAAACGAUGCCGGAUUUCCCGCAGCCGAUUGCUGGAUCCAGUAGAUCUUUUGCCGCAUCAACGCCUACGUUACGUCUUCCCGGACGGUUGACUCAUACAAAGUCUGAUAUUACACCUCUGGUUCACCAGCACCAGCGGCAGCAGGAACAUCAGCAGCAGCAAAUGAAUAUUGCAAAUGGUGCUGAUGACAAUUCAGAGUCCAGUGAAAGUACCAGCGGCUGCAGUUCACUCAUUCCACAGACAAGUAGACAAGACGGAUUGUCUAAUUUUAUAAUUUAUCCAUUUGCAAGUAAAAAAGGAUUUACGAAUGAUAAAUUGUCAUUUACAAAUCACUUGCAGUCACCAAGAUCUUUGCUGUUCAAUGGACGAGAUUCGUUGAGCUCAAGGAGACCUAGUUUUAAUGUAUCAAUGGUCAGUAAUGAUAACAGUCCUCUAGAACGUGGAACUGGACUGUCAUCACCUUUUUACAGCGGCAACACAACAUUCGGAGGUGCUAAUGCGAUCGGUAACUUCCGGUCAGCUCGUAGACCUGGACAGAUGAAUGAGUUCCAGUUGAGAGUACCCAAGAGGUCCAGUGUCCGCGUUAAGCCUUCAAAUUCUUCAACGACAGACACUACGGGGAUGAGCCAGACGGCUAAAAGAAUUCUUGAAACACUUGAACAUUUUUCAUCUCCAAUAACUGACGCCAAGAAGAUUCCGGUUAAAGCUCCAAUGAGUACUCUUGCGUCGAGGAAGCGAGCCCGUGAGGAAGAGACUAUCAGUAGCAAUAGUUUUGUCAGCAGUGUGGCACCUAUUGGGUUGAGACACUUGACCAGAGAGCUAACGGUUCCAACGGUGCCGGACAUGCUCAAGCUGAGGAGACGUCAGAGAUUGACGAACACGACGCUCGCCGCUAGAAAAAUAAUUUCAGCACACAGUGAGCCUGCGCCGCAGGUAAAAGCUGCUGAGUAUCACCUGAGGGCUGAUAGCGAUGAUAAAAAAUUCAUGGGCAAACUCAGGACUAAAGCUAAGAAAAAAGUUGAUCUAGAUGAACCUGCGGAGACGGUCAAUCUCACCCACAUACCUCUACCUAUCACAACAUUGCCGAGCUUUGAUAUACCGAUACCCGAGUCAUCAAAAAAUAAUUCGAACAAUGUUGUCAAUAAUAUAAAUACCAGUACCAAUAAAUCUGGUACAAGUACGGGAGUAGAGACUAAACCAAUUUCUCCGUUAAAAGAAACGGAGUCGUUUAAAUUUUCUAGUCCCAUUAAAUUUGCUGGAGCUGACACAAGUCUAGAGUCAGACGGGCAGUUCACUUUCUCUCAGCCGAUAAAACCCAGCCAGGAAUCACCCGCUAGUAAAACAACGGCAACAUCAAUGCCUACUUUCAAAUUUACGUCAUCCAAAACAACAGCUAAUUUCAAUUCAACUGGAGACAACAGCAGUCAGCCAUCAACGAACUUUAUGUGGUCGGGAUCGUCAACGGCACCGAGACCCAAAGAAAAAAAAGUAGUUGAGACUAAACCUGAUGAAUUACAAGUAGCUGGCAGUGUUAUGGAUAUUCUUGGCAAGAAAACAGACAAAUCGGAAGUUAAAAUCUGGGAGUGUCGGGAAUGUUUUAUAAAAAAUAAUGACAGUGAUGAUCAGUGUAUCGCUUGUAAAGCACGCAAGUCUGAUUCAUCUAAAAAAAUGUCUUUAUCAUCAGCCUCUACAGUUUCUGCUGCUGCUGUCACUACUGAUUCUGCUGCUGGAGGACAAACACAGACGCAGUUUGGCACUAAAUUUAAAUUAAACGAUAAAUGGGAAUGUAAUUGUUGUCUGGUAAGGAAUCCAAUGACAGAAACAAAGUGUCUGUCUUGCAUGGCGCCAAGGCAAGAUAACAAUGCCAGCAAGUUAUCAACGUCUACAAAGACCGAAGUUCCAAAAGCUGAAGUUAAAGACAAAACUAAAGCAGCUGAAGGAACAUGGGAAUGUCCGGGUUGUAUGUUGAAGAAUCCGUCUAGUGUAAUAACAUGUCCGUGCUGCCAUGCAUCGAAGCCUGGACUAGUUAAGACUGCGGUUAAAAAUACCGAGUCUGUUUUGAAGGUCGACCAAAAAGUAGCCAAGACAUGGGAAUGUCCCUCUUGUAUGGUAAGAAAUAAUUUAACAGCUUCCACCUGCGUCUGCUGCACCACUCCUUGUCCAGACAAAUCGUUAGUCAAAGAGGACAACAAAUCAUCACCAGUUCAAUCGUCGUUGCCAGUAACCAGCGGGUUUGGUGAUAAAUUCAAAAAACCAGCGGGCGCGUGGACGUGUGACAGCUGUAUGGUUCAAAAUAAAUCUGAUGUUACCGAGUGCGUGGCAUGCGGUGGCUUGAAACCUGGAGCUACUGCAGACAAAAGCAAGAAAGCAGAAAAUACUCCAAUGCCGUUCUCAUUUGGUAUUCCUCCGGGUGCCCAACCUCAGCUGGGAGCAAAGACCGAUGAUAAAAAGUCUGAUAGCACGACAAAUGGGUUUACGUUUGCAGCACCCACGUCUCAAGCUAAACCAUCAUUUACUUUUGGCAUUCCAUCGACGGAAAAAUCCGAACCCACGGGAUUUAAAUUUUCCGCUCCUACGACGACUAUCGCUGAGCCUAAAACUGCUGAAAAUAAUCAGACUCCAGCAAGUGGAUUUACCUUUGGAGUACCCAAGACAGUGGAAAAAGUUGCGGAUAAAGUAAAUGAGGAAGACAAACCCAAGCCAAUGUUUUCAUUCGGUGCACCGAAAACUGUUGAGAAGGAAAAAUCUAUCAUUUUUUCUAAUCCGUUGACUGUAGACAGUCAAGUUAAUUCCCAAGAUAAAGCUCCAGAGAAAUCCGUUACAUUUUCAUUUGUUCCACCAGGAUCUGUAGCAAGUGCUGGUAGUGAUGCAGGAACUACCAGUAGUUCUACGGCUGCUUUCACAUUCUCCGAGCCUAAAGUCUCUACAUCAACCCCUGAGACAAUUAAAUUUGGACAGACACAAUCUCCAUUAGUUUCAGCAACGACCACAUCAGGGUUUUCAUUCACGAGACCUAAAUUUACGGAUUCAUCAGCCCCUCCGGAAAAGAAAGCUGCGUUAACUUUUGGUAGCGGCUCUGGAACAGCGGCUCCAGUUUUUGGACUUGGAUCUGCUGCUGCUCCAUCAGCAGAAGAGAAGUCAUCGCCCUUUGAAAUUGCAGAUAAAUCUAAAACACCAUUUACGUUGGAUAAAAAACCAGGGUUUGGUAUUGAGACUAAACCAGCUGGAUUUGGAGAAGAAAAUAAAACACCAGCGACAUUCGGUAGCAGUAGUAAUACUGCUACCAGUGAUAAAUCAAUGUUCAAUACCGGAUCAACAGCACCACCAGCUUUUGGCUCAGCACCAACUACUUCAACUCCAUCAUUAUUUGGUUCAACUCCAGCGUCCAGUAUUUUCGGGACCGGUACCACGAAUUUUGGAACGUCAUCUUCAGCAACACCCAGUAUAUUUUCAGCAGUUAAAUCCACAGAGACACCAGCACCAGCAACAAAUAAUCAAGGAUUAUUUUCAUUUGGCGCAGCGUCAACCCCAAGUACCCAAAAUACUACCGGAGGUUUCAAUUUCACUGGAACAAAUAACACACCUGCGACGCAAAAACCUAUGUUUAGCUUCGGCAGCAAUGCAGCAUCUCCAGCCCCAUCUGUAACCCCUUCAUCAGACACCGGAUUCGGUACACAAAAUUUCGGUAGUUCUGCAUCGUCUCAACCAGCGGCAUUUUCUUUCAAUCCACCAAAAGCUGAUCCUCCAGCCUUUGGACAACCGUCCGCUACACCGCUUCCUAGUAUUUUUAAUAAUCAAGCUUCCGGUUCACUGGGACAGACACCUGGGUCAGCUAAUAUGUUUAACUUUGGAUCCGCUGCUCCUCCCACUGGUUCAUCAACUGCCAGUGGUUCUAGUGGAUUUAGUUUUAAUACCGGAUUGAAUACACCAGCAACACCAGCAUCAGGUGGUUUCAAUUUUAAUCCCGCAAAUUCAUCACCUGCGAUCGCCUUUGAUCCUAAUUCGCGGCCGUCAUUUAAUUUUACUGGCGGCAGUGCAGUCGCCCAAUUUAGCGCAACACCACAGCAAGCUGUAACGCAAAGAAAAAUAAAACGAGCAGUAAGAAGAAUGCAUCCAAGAACUUGAAUAAUUGUUAUAAUUAUUAUUUUAAAAAAUAAAUUUUUACAACUGCGAAUAAUUCGUGUGGUAAAAAAAAAAUUAGUGAUCUACUGUAUAAUUAAUUAAUUAAAAAAAAAAAAAUAAAUACGCGAGAUAGAUGAACAAGAAGCCAAUAAGACAGUUGCUGAUGAAGCAAUUAUUAGGUCACGCAUAAAUUAAAAUUAUUAAAUUCCCGAGUGGCUUUGCUCGUAAAAUUUAUGUAAAAAAAAAUAAUAAAAUUUAAUUAAUUAAUAAAAGAAAAAAAUUAAUAAGUAAAAGCAACAAGUAACGAGUUUAAAUUGUUGAGUGCAACUACUCGUGUAUCGCGCACACAAUUUAUUGAAAUUAAAAGAAAAAGUUUAAAAUAUAUUUAUAAAUAAUUAUAAUUUAAAAAUAUUCGCGCGUAAUGACUGCAAUAAAAUGUAACGUCGAAAGAUAAUUAAUACGAUGACGAAUACCUAUGAGGAUUUAGCAAUUUAUCGACAGUUAACUUUGAGCUUAUAAAUAAAAAUAUUCAAAAUUCGAGUUAGUAUGACAUGAGAAAAACUAAAUUAUUAAUUUAAAAAUAUCAACUAAUUAAUUGCGGGUAUUUUUAAUGGGAUUAGUAUCCAAUUAUUAUCAUUAUAUUUUUUUUUUCAGGUAAGUAUCAGCGACUUUACAAAACUUGCGGCAAAAUUAUUUUAAUAUAUCAUUUUUGAUUAAUUUUUUUUUUUAUCACGAGACACGGGUGUCUGUUUGAAUAUUUUUUCUUUAUAAUUUUUAUAAAUUAUUAACAUUUUGUAAAGAAAGUUACGAUUAUUAAUAUUGUUGCAAGUGAUGUAAUUACGCUAAUAAAAAAAAAAAUAUAUCAGUGGUUACGAUACGAGUUCUACUUUAAUUGUAUUUUAGUUAGGACACUCAAGAAACAGUUUUUGAACAAUUGUUUGUAAAAAAUACUGUUUCUUGUAAAUAAAAUAAAAUAAAAAGUAAUAAUUACUUAAAAAAAAUAAAAAAAAAUUCAAAUAUUGUAACAUAAUACUAAAAUGGCAUUCGGAUAGUACAAAUAAUAAAAUACGAUUUGCCCAAUCGUUUCCAUUGAGUAGAUAAAAUUUUAUAUUUUUUUUAUAUAUAUAAAGAAAAAAGAAACUGAAUGAUUAAUGAUUAAUCUAAUAAGUAAAAAUAAAAAAUAAUAAAUAAACUGAAUGCCAUUUUCGUUAGAAUAUUAAAUGAUAAUUAAUUAAUCAAUUAAUUAUUAAUAAUAAUAAUUAUAAUUAUUAUAAUAUAAUAAAUAUAAAUAAUUGCUAAGUGUUUUAUUGUAGGAUCAAAAAAUACCAAGUGAACAUAAAGCUGAAUAAAAAAAUAAAUUCAAAUUAAAAGUCAUUGAUUUAAAAUAGUUAUAGUUAUUAGUUAUUAAUUAAUUCAUUGACCAUUAUUAUUAUUAAUCAUUUUUCGGAGGUUCUUUAAUAAGUAUUCUUUUAAUUCACCUCAACUUAUAUUUUUACCAGCAAUUGAUGUAAUUCCGAGCUACUAUAUAUUUUUCUCCAUUUAUUUAAAAUCAUUUUCAGACUGAAGAUGGAAAUAAAAACUUGUUAUCAUAAUUAAAAAAGAAAUUAUUUUUAUUGUUUGUUCAUUCGUUUUCUCUAAUUAAUAUUUUAUUGUAUUACUAGUUUUUUUUUAUUUCCUGCGAGUUAAUAA